UCUGGUCAAACUUGAGACUUUCUCGGGAACAAAUGGAGACAGUCAACGUGCUGUUUGUCUCCUCGGUGGACUCUGUGGACUAUAAACUGUCCAAAACAGAGAUCCUGAGAGGAUUCAUCGCAGAGAAACUGACAACAGCCGCGCAGGAAAUCUUCGCGGUUGUGGAGAGAACCGUAGCCGGGUACGAGGAGGAGGCUUCGGGUCUGAGGCAGGAGAUCGACCGGCAGAGGAGGCAGCUGGAGGCGGUGCUGCAGCCUCGGGUCUCUCUCUGUAGGACAGAUCACCAGUUUCCUGUCUGUGAGCCGGCGGCUGGAGGAGCAGCUGAACUCCCUGCAGAGGAGGAGCAGCACAGAUCUGAGCAGAAUGUGGAGGACUCGGGGAGCCGGGACAUCCUAGGCCACGCUGAGGAAGAGGAGGGUGAAGAUGAGGAGGAGGAGUCUGCUGAGGAGACAGUACAGAGAACCAGCCUAGAUGAGGAGGAUCUGGGGAACCCGGAUCAUCAGAUAACAAAUACAAGAGGUCAGUCUGUGAAGAGGAAGCACAGGAGGCGGAGUCAUCUAGACCUCAGAGUGGACUCCCAGAGCACAAAACGAGAGGCUCCUCGUGAACAUGGUCUGUCCCAACGACCAGUUUCAGCCAGUCCCCCAACAGACGACAAGCUGCUGGCUGCUAUCAGUGGGUUGUCUCGCCAGCUGACUCAGUUUAUUGCCGAUGCGAGCCAACAGUUCUCUGCACUGAACGCCAGAAUGUUGCCCAUGGAGGAGAGAAUGGCUGUUCUCGAAUCCAACAACUGCUCCGGUGUAGAUGAACGCAAGAGGAAAAGACGGGUGAAGAAUCCAAAAAUCGCGGAGGCGGUCCGUCGCCUGCACAACUCCGAGGCAAACUGCAGGCGCUAUGAUGCUGAGCAAGGACUGUGUUCACCUUCUAACGAGGCGGUCACGUCCCACUUGGUUGAAGCUCUGCAAGCAAGUCCAGAUUUACAGGGUGUGAAUAAUGACGCCAUUUUGUCUGCUUGUAAGACCCAUUAUGAGACAGUACGCAGAAACUUCCGGUACAGUCAGCCAGAUCUUGCUGACAAGGCGACGGCCAUUAAGAGUUCUGCCCGGUGUCGGUCGAGAAGGAAGCGGCUGCUGGCAGCGAGGCAGAGUGUACUGGCGGCAGACGAAGUGGCGCUCUGGAAAGGCGUCACUAUAGAUCUGAUGUCCGAUGAGGAAGACGGCAGCUUUGAGGGGGUGUCGGGGUGGAUUGUGAGACCACCGAGCUUCCGCAGCCAGGAGCUCACCGACCUCUGUGCCACGCUGCAGGCAAGGCUGGAGGCCAGUCCCAAGUACACAGCGUUGCAUCACAGACGCCUGCAUAAGGGGCCGUACUCGGACAGAAAGCCUCCACCACAUGACUCUGAGGUGGACAGACAUUUCAUCCCGCAGCCCAGCUGCAGUUGAUGUUACUGACUCGAUUUAUUUGUACAUAGUUGUUUUUUUGCAUUUGCCUUUUAAAAAUAAAAUAAAACUCUUACUUUUAA